AUGGACGCAUCCAAAGUGAAUCAAUUGAAGCAUUUCAUCGAACAGUGCAAGUCCAACCCUUCCCUCCUCGCGGAUCCUUCACUUUCUUUCUUCCGCGACUACCUCGAAAGCCUAGGCGCAAAACUUCCCCCAUCUGCAUACUCUGAAUCGAGGGAUGUGGAGAGCGAUGACGACAUAGAGGAUGUUGCGGCGGGACAAGAGAAGGUGGAAGAAGUAGAGGAAGAUGAAAUAAUUGAAUCCGAUGUUGAGCUCGAGGGUGAAACCUGCGAGCCUGAUGAUGAUCCUCCACAGAAGAUGGGAGAUCCCUCUGUUGAGGUCACUGAAGAGAGUCGCGACGCCUCGCAGAUGGCAAAAGUUAAAGCCAUGGAAGCUAUUUGUGAAGGUAAGUUGGAUGAGGCAGUUGAGAACUUAACAGAAGCAAUUUUACUCAAUCCUACCUCUGCCAUUAUGUAUGCAACUAGAGCCACUGUUUACAUCAAAAUGAAGAAACCCAAUGCUGCAAUCCGUGAUGCCAAUGCUGCUUUGGAGAUUAAUCCUGAUUCUGCUAAAGGAUACAAGUCACGUGGCAUGGCACUAGCAAUGCUUGGUCAAUGGGAAGAAGCUGCAAAGGAUCUUCAUGUGGCGUCAAAGUUGGACUAUGAUGAGGAAAUAAAUGCUGUACUUAAAAAGGUGGAACCAAAUGCUCACAAGAUUGAGGAACACCGUCGGAAAUAUGAAAGACUGCACAAAGAAAGAGAGGAGAAACAAAAGGAGCGUGAGAGGCAGCAUCGUCGUGCUGAAGCCCAGGCUGCAUAUGAGAAGGCUAAGAAGCAAGAGCAAUCAUCUUCCAGUAGAAAUCCUGGAGGCAUGCCUGGUGGGUUUCCUGGAGGCUUCCCAGGUGCAGGGGGCAUGCCAGGAGGCUUUCCAGGUGCAGGGGGCAUGCCAGGAGGCUUCCCAGGUGCUGGGGGCAUGCCUGGAGGUUUCCCAGGUGCGGGGGGCAUGCCUGGAGGGGUGCCAGGAAAUGUGGAUUUUAGCAAGAUCUUGAAUGACCCUGAUCUGAUGACGGCAUUUAGUGAUCCAGAGGUUAUGGCUGCUCUUCAAGAUGUUAUGAAGAACCCUGCUAAUUUGGCCAAACAUCAAGCAAAUCCAAAGGUGGCUCCUGUAAUUGCGAAAAUGAUGAGCAAAUUUGGAGGUCCCAAGUGA